AUGAUUACGGCGGUUUGGCUGCCAUCUGAGUCGAUCAAGACUAUUCCACUAUACCCAUUAGAGAUGGCGCCGACUCAUCUUCGAGGAGGCUUAAACAUGAUGUUUCAGUUGGCAACUAUGCUAGGAAUCUUCAUAGCAAACAUGGUAAACUAUGGAACACAAAAGCUCGAACCAUGGGGUUGGAGGCUCUCUCUAGGCCUAGCUAUAGUACCUGCUAUAGUAAUGACAGUGGGAGGAAUAUUUUUUCUUGAGACACCAAAUAGCUUAAUUGAACGAGGAAGUAAAGAAGAAGGACGAAAACUUCUGGAGAGAAUCAGAGGAACUGAAAAUGUCAAUGCAAAGUUUCAGGACAUGUUAGAUGCAAGUGAGUUUGCUAGUGCAAUAAAGCACCCUUUCAGAAACAUCCUGGAGAGAAGGAACAUGCCUCAACUAGUUAUGGCAAUCUUCGUGCCAACAUUCCAGAUCCUCACAAGCAUAAAUUCAAUUCUCUUCUAUGCUCCAGUGUUGUUUCAAAGUAUGGGGUUUGGGGGAAAUGCCGCUCUCUACUCCUCUGCUUUAAUUGGAGUAGUUCUUGUUUCGUCUACACUGAUAUCUACUGCAAUAGUUGACAAGCUCGGUCGAAUAGUUUUGCUUAUUAGUGAUGGAAUAAUAAUGAUUAUAUACCAAGUGAAACGAGUCAUAGUUGCCAUAAUCUUGGGGGUCAAGUUCGGUGAGAAUCAAGAGCUAUCAAAAGGAUUCUCAGUAUUGGUGGUGGCAAUGAUCUGCCUCUUCGUGGUAGCUUUCAGAUGGUCAUGGGGUCCGCUAUAAGCUCAUUCUUUCGGAAGGUGGCAGAGAAAUUUGGAUGUGUUUGCUAUAAGGAAUCUGGCGGAGAGAAAGAAGAACAAAAGAAAGAAGAA